GGCGUGCGCCUUUCGACAGCCCUACUUCACGUUUCCACGACUACGGGGUCAGUGUCGCCCUUGAUGACUUGACAGGUGCAUGGCAGUUCAGCUCCCAGCAUGUACGCCAAAGGGAAAGGAUCGACUGUACCCUCCGAUGCACAAGCAAGAGAAAAGUUAGCCCUUUAUGUAUACGAAUACCUACUCCAUGUCGGAGCACAGAAAAGUGCACAGACGUUUCUAUCUGAAGUUAGGAGUGGAAUAAUUAGCAAAGACAAUGACAUGUGGAUACGAUGGGAAAAGAAUAUAACGUUAGGGGAACCGCCUGGGUUUCUACACUCUUGGUGGUGUGUGUUUUGGGAUUUAUAUUGUGCAGCACCAGAGAGGCGAGAAACAUGUGAUCACUCAAGUGAAGCUAAAGCAUUUCAUGAUUAUGGUUUUGUUAAUUCAGGGUAUGGGGUAAACGGUAUAGCACAUAAUGCAGGCCCAGCACCUAGUCCGCUGGGACAGAUGCCCCCUCAGGAUGGGAUGCCCGGAGGACCAAUGCCCCCAGGUUUUUUUCCGCCUCCAGCUUCCCAGCCGUCCCCUCAUUCACAGCCUCAACACAACCCCGGGAUGAUGCAGGGCCAACCCAAUCAACCAUUUAUGUCACCGCGAUAUCCAGGUGGUCCGCGAGGUCCUGGGUCAGUACGAUUACCUAAUCAAGUAGACUUCAAUAACAGCGGCACAGGCCAGAUGCCAAUGGGGAACAGCAUGGAACCCAGACCAGGACAUCCUGGUAUGGGGCCAAUGCCAAGGAUGGGACCCGGGGGACCACGUAUGCCCGGGCCUAUGAACCCGUACGACUCAUUACCUAACUAUGCGGGUAGUAUGAGGGGGCCUCCCCCUAACAGUAUGGGCCCAGGAGGACCGGGACCCGGGGGCAUGCCACCCAUGUCUAUGCCAGGGCCAGGAGGACAAGCAAACAGACCGUGGCCACCCACAACAUCAUCUAUCAACUAUUCAUCAGCAUCCCCAGGUAGCUAUAAUGGUCCCACAGGAGGAGGGCCACCCGGUACACCUAUAAUGCCAAGCCCACAAGGAUCACAAGGACCAUUUUCACCAGCAAGCCAUCAACGAAUCGGGUCACGGCCAGAUGAUGUAGAGCCACAGAAGAUGCUGUGUUUAGAUUCUACGAAUUCAGGGGACGGAAUGUAUGGAAUGAUGAAGGGACCUGGGCCUGGAGGAAUGCCGGGAAUGCCAGGGCAAUUUCCUAAUAUACCAGGCGGGCCAGACGGACAAAUGGGGAUGGGGCCAGAAAUGGGAUCGGUUAUGAAUGGUGGUGAUAUAGACGGUAUGAAGAACUCUCCAGCGAACGGUCCCGGGACUCCAAGGGACGAUCUGCCGCCUGUGAGCGGGGCUGUGUCAGGGGAUAUGGGUGGCUACCCCAGCCUAGGCUACCAAGAUAAUGACCAAACGGAGUCUGCAGCAAUCCUAAAGAUUAAAGAAUCUAUGCAGGAGGAGGCAAAACGGUUCGAAAAAGACACUGAUCACCCCGACUAUUUCAUGUCACAAUGAAGCGCGAUUCACCCUUGUUUAUAAGAUAGAGUCUAUUGUAAAUUAUUAUCCUGUUAUUUAUAAGGUUUUGUACGUACACAUCUUUGAUAACUACUGUUAGAAAGUAAGGGAGAAAGAAAGAAAGAUAGCGCAAGGGUACCUGACCUCCAUUGCAAACAUACACAAUGACUAUUUUUCCUAUGUCAUUCAUGAGUUAUAUGAGGGUUGUUUUUUUUAUAUAUUUUUUUGUUUUGUUUUUUUUUUUUUUUCGGAGAAGCAAACAAUUUUUUUUUAAUACACAAACUGGUGCUGAUACUAUGGUCAUCUGUAGCAAGUAGCUAAGACUUUGGGUCACAGUGGUCGACAAUAGAACUGGGGCAAACUGAGCAUAUAUGUCCAUCCAUUUUUAUGUCAUUUUUGUUUUUGCUUAUUGUGUUCUCCACAAACCUGUCUCAGGAGAAUGUAUAUCAUCUUGUCUGCCAACUAACAUCACCACAUCAAGUUUCAGCAAAAAAAAUGUACAAAAAAAUAUUAAGUUUUCAUGUUUGAAGAUUUCUUCAGUUAUUCCAAAAGGCAUCUAAUCUAAAAUGGAUAGACCUUUUUUUCGAGAUUUCCAUUCAAAAUUUAGUGCUUAUUUUUGUGCUGUAGGAGACGAAACAUUGACCGUGUUACCUCAUCCAAGCAAAGUCAAAAUAUGGUGAAUUUACUGAAAAUGAAAAGAGAUUUUUCUUGGACCAAAUUUUUUUUUCUGUUAAGGGGAGAUAACUCCACCAACUAAUAACUUUUGUUUAGUUAACAUGAGAUAACACGGUAUUGCCAAGUUUCCUAGAGAUGAACAUUGGUGCUGCUUGUAUUUAGUUGAUGGCGUAGGAUUGGGUGGCCCAUGGUUCUCGUAUCCAUGGUGACGACCCAAAAAUCAUUUAACAUUGCUUUGACAUAGUUUCUUCCUAACAAAUCAUAGAGUGUCUGUUCAAUAUGCAUGUUAACUGCCAUGUCACCAUUUUCUUUUGCCAAAGAGAAACAAAAGGAAAAUAGAAUUAAGGUGCUUUUUUUGUUUUUAUUUUUCUCGCAUUUGGACAUGCAUCAUAUGUUAAUUUCAUUUCAUCAUUCGUAUAUUUAUUUCAUCAAAUUUGGUGCCAGUUUACAUGUUUGAAGCGGCAUAUGUGAUUCUAGAAAAAUCGUAAUGCUAUAAUGAAGAGAAACCUUUUUUUUGUUGACCGUAUUUUUUUUUUUUUUUACAUUUUAAGUUUGCAAGAUAUUUUUUUGUUGUUUUUCCCAAGCAAUGGCAGUUUACAUGAUCCUACUGUGUAUAUAUGUGGUUAACACCAGUUUUUGCCUCAGUUCGUUCGACACACUACAACCCCGAGUCCCUCCUCAUUCCCCCUCUCCAGUGGGGGCAUGGCACAUUGGUCACCGCUGUCAUGGCGAUGGGCUCCAUCCCACGACCGCGUUGAAGUUGUCAUCAGGAUUGUUUGAACAAGAAAUAGUCUUGAAGCCAAAGCAGAGUCCCACCUUUUAUUUAUUGUUAGCUUAUAGGAGCCUUUUUAUCUCUCGCUUUUGUAUUAACAAGUUAACAAACCUACUCAUUAUGCCUCUCUUUAGUUUGAUCUGCAUGGAACAACUAAGCUGUAAUGAUGAAGAAGUGACAGGCGUAGCCUCGUUGUGGAAUAUCGUUAGAACAUCUUUCACAUUACAAGUGGUACAUUUAGUAUGUGUUACUAUGGAAACCCACGCAAACGAUAUAUAUCGUCGUUGAUUUCUGUGUCCAUUUUUUUCCUUCUGUGUUGAGCGUUGGCUUGAAGAUUAUUUCUUCAGUACACAUCCCACUUUAUCUUUUGCACACAUUGUUCAAAAAAUCAUUUUCAAGGACCAAAAAAAAAAAAGCCAAAAACCAAAAGAAGAACAAAAUCACUUGAACUGUUGUGAUUUUAUUUUGUGAACUUUCUUUUUGAACAAAACUUUUUUUUGUUUUCGUUAUCCUAUAAAUUUGCUCUAGUGUAAGUGGUAUAGCCAGACGGCCACCGUGAAAGAUAUUGUGAACACAACCACUGUAUUGUGACCAUUUUUUUUUUUUUUUUUUUUCAUUUUAUACAAAUUCCCAUCUCUUCAUGGUACAUCUAUUAUUAGACUUGUUUCUCCUCCCCAAAUACUUUUUUGUCAAUAUAAAUAUAUUUUUCUUAAAUUUGUAUUCCUGGAUAUGAUUUCAUGCUAAUUUCCAUAGGAAUAUGGACACUUGUUUUUGCUGUUUAUUCAUUCAUAGAGGUCGUCUUAGUUUUCCUCUGAGCGGUCUGGGUUUCUUCUAACUUGGCCACAAGCCAUCACUAAUUUUAAGUGUCAUUCAUUCAAUCAUUAAUUGCCAUGAAAUUCAUACAAUCUAGAAGGGAAACAAAUUUGCUAAAAGACAUAUGCUUAUUUUGAGCGUUAAGCCCUACCCAUGCACCCCUAUUCAUUUGAUAAUUACUGAGUAGAUUUCAUUUGGAGCAAAGUUACCUGCCCUUUCCUUUAUCAGAAAAUAAAAUGUUUGGUCCUUUGCCUUCAGCUUUACCAAGGGAUGAUGGUUUUAUAUAUAAUUACACUUUUCUCAAUGAAAAUUUAAAGUCCCUCCAUCUCAAUGAAAAUUUAACAUCCCUCUAUCUCCAAUCCCAACACCUUCAUUUGAGAAUUUGAUGUCAGUGGGUUAAGAGUUGCCUGCCCUUCCCUAAAUAGGAGAAGUUGACGCUAGUGGGUUGCCAUACAAUGUUUGUGUAAAAUAUUAACACUGUAUACAAGCUUCUAUCCAACCACCAUGCAACUGGUUACCACUUUAGACUUUGCACAAUGAGGAUGUGCCAGCUUCAUUGAUUGGUUACUUUUCCUAAGAAUCAAGUGAUCUGAUUGGUCACAUUUACUCACUGGUCACAUAUCUCUUUGUCAUUCUUUACCCCUCGGAACUCAGCUUAAGACCUCACUGCUGAGUAGAUUUCACAGCUUCAGUAGCUCACUGUUUCAUUUUAUUGCAAUUUGGCCUCAAAUGAAUUUCUAUGAAAGUAUUUUUAGCAAAUUCUUUUGUGAAACAACCAGACAUAAUGUUACUUUUGACUAAUUAAGGCAAAUAUUAAACUAUUUUGAUCAUAAAAAAUACUGAAAUUUAACUAUAUUUCUGUGAAGAUGAAAAAAUAUAUCAAAAUAUUUAAUCAAAAAGGAGUACAAUUGAAAAGUAGUAAGAAUUAUCAAGAUUUUUGUUUCCUUGGUUACCAAAUUCAGCUGAUCUAAUUGACUAGAUGCAUUGUGGUGGCUUGUACUAGAAAUAUUUCUUUAUUUCUCUCAUUAAAUCAUAGUCUUUGUAUAACACAUAGAAUUAGCUCGCCGUAACCUGGCGACUGUUUUGUGUAAAGUUUACCAUGGUAGGCACUGGUCAAAGUAUGAAUGAUUGUAUGCAUGAAUGAUUGAGCACGGCGAGCAGUUGAGCGAGACCGAGUGGAAUUUGGUUGUGGACGAUUGGUUGAGCAUUGUUACGUAAGAAAAUGUGACAGAGCUAUUUUUCAGUAUGUGUCUGGGUUAUCAUAUAAAUAUAUAUAUAUAUAUAAAUAAUUAUUAUUAACAUGUAAAUUGUAUCAUAAGUGUUCCCUUUCCUCUCCCAAUUGUGUUUCAUAGAAUUCUCCACUUUUCAUGUAUUUAUGUUGAAAUGAUCAAAAUGUCGACAUUUAAUGGGCAAGUAGAUUCCUUUACCAGCGUUUUGCACAGAUUCUUUUAAAUAAGUGUUUUAUUAUAGGGUAGAUCUAUAUAGCUGUCUCAUUCUUUGAGAAUUUAUGCAAAAUAGAUGUUUCUAUAGAUUCUUUGGUAUUAGCUCGUCUUUACACCUUGAAAAGUCUGAAGAAUUCUAUGAGUUUUCAAGCAAGAAAUUUUCAUAAAUAUUUUUUUUCAAACAUUGACGUCGCACCCAGAAAACGUCCACACUUUUCAUUCACUUGUCUGGUUGCUUGUCAAAAUAUGUUAAUAAGUUAAAAUUUAAAAAAAAAAAAUAUAAUUUUGAAGUACUAUAGCAAUAUUUUGUCCAGCAGAGGACAAAUAAGAUACUCGGAAGAGAAAUGCUUGUAGCAAUACAGGUUUCGGGUGAGAUAAUUAUCCUAUCCCUUCUACAAGUUCUCAUUUCAUUAUGUCUGAUUUUAAAAAGUAAAAGAAAGAAGUAAAAAUUUCAAGCUUGACAACUUUUUAUUCAAAUAAUUGAAAUCUUUCAACAAAAUUGAUACAAAUAUUGAUUAAUUUUCAAGGUGAUUAAGUUUUAAAUACAUUUUAACAUGCUGAUGAUUUUCCUGAACAACCAUUUUCUAAACUGAUCCUGUCCCUUGGUUUACGCAGUGGUGAAUGCCUUCUUGUUAGGAGCAUUUCAAAGUUCGGUUAUCAAGGGACACAACUCACCUGGCAGCCAUAUUGAAAAACGAUUGCUCAACCGGCUCGGGAUUAAGACAAGUGGAGAAGAUGUGGAUAUUUGUGGGAGUGACCGAGGGCGGGCCACUCACUGACCACGAUACCAGCUGUGUAAGCCUAUACAUUCCCAUCACUUUCUUUGCUGAGUGUUCUAAUGUCCCAGAAGGAAUCUGUGUCUGCUGUCAGCUUACUACCCUUGAAUAGCAGUGGACUGGUCCACAUCAACGCAAUGGGUCUGUCGAUUGCAGAUUUAAGAGGGAGUCAGGUUGACAAAUUGUCUAUAGUCAACUUCUCUUCCUCUUUCCUGCAGUGGGCUGGUCCAUAUCAAUCAUUGGAUUUGUCUGUUGCAGGUUUUAAGGGGGAGUCAGGUUGGUAAAUUGUCUACAUUCAACUCCCCAUCCUCUGAACUGCAGUGGUCUGGUCCACAUUGAUUGUUGGACCUGUCAAUUGCAGGUUUAUGGGGGUGUUGGGUUGACCUGAAGUUAUCCCAAACACUGAUGUCUCAAUUUGUAUAAAUUAUGUGCUAGUAGAAUAACACUGUUGUGGUUCAAUGAGUUGCUCUAGUUUAACUAAUUCUUUGAUAUAUUUGAACUAAAGUAAAACUCCAUGAACGUUUUCAGUGGAUAAUUUAAUGAAAGGGAUUUUGUACUAGAUUUUUGUCCUAUUUAGGUUUCGGACAGACACAGGUUCCACACUAGGGACUUCCUGGAAAAAAAAAAACAUGUGUUCAACGAAAACCAAAAACAUGCUGGAAUUCCAUGUUAAGGUUCUUUUAUAAUCAUCUAAAUCUCUAUUGAUUGUGAAAAGCUAUGAUAAUACCACUGACAGGUUGUUGUUGUUUACAAAUGUUUUAUUGAUGUGUUCAUGUACCUCUUGUUUCUAUAGCUACCAUGUGUCGCUAUGGAUACAGUACAUUAUGUUUUUUGACGACACAGUUGGAUCCGAGUUGUCAGUGUCAAUGUCCAGCAAUUCUGGCGGUCAGUUUGUUAUACUUAGGGGGGUGGACAAUCUGCAUGUUUUACUUAAUUGUACGACUGGUGAUACUUAAAGCCAGCACCAUUUAAUUUGUAGGUUGUUUGUAGUUGUACAUGUGUUUGAGAGAAAAUUAUAAUUUCUCAGAAAAAUCUUCAGCUCAUUAUUUUUUUACAACAUAAUUAGACAUUCAUACUGUUUCUGUAGAACAAACAAUAUCUGAUAACGAGUUUCCUAUAAUGUCAAAUGUCCAUAUCAUUCAAAAACUUCUUUUUGGAAUAUUUUUCUGAGAAUGUUAUAAUUUCUUCAAAAUAUUGUUUCAAAUACGCAAAUAUUAUUUACAGAAUAUUUUUUCAAUUGUUAGGUAAAAGAUGUGUUGUUUUUACAGAAUAUAGGUUUAGAGUUGUCUCCCUUCUCAUUUUCAAUCUCAUUGUUAUUUUUGUCCAAACUUAAGAAUGCUCAUAGGGGAGAUUCCUUAUAUUCAUGAUUGUAUUUUGUAUGAUAAUUUAAGAUGCAAGAAUCCAAAUGUCAUAGGACAUUUGGUCAUAAGAAUAUCAUUAUGUUGCAGUAGAUACGUGUAAUGAUACGACAAAGAAUGAAUAGCAUACCGAAGAUUAUUGUGUCCUUCAUUAUAUAAAAAGUCACAUAAAGACAUCCAUUCAUAGUGAGUCAUUUUGAUCAAACUGUAAUAUUAUUAUUAUUAUUAUGUGAUGUUGGUGUUGUGUUUACUUUGACUGUUAAUGUUUCCACCCAACAAAACACUGAUAGUGGGAGACUCGCAUACUAAAAUUAAACACGAUUUGCCACGAUCUCAGUGCCCAUGUUCCGAUUCGUUGAUGAUAUUAAUGAUGAUGAUAAUAAUGAUGAUGAUGUUUCUAUAUUUGUAACAGAAAUUUGCAUGUGAAUAUUAGGGGUGAAAGUCACUUUAUAUUUUGCUGGGAGUCCACAGAUGAAGAUGUUCAAAAUCAUUCAUUUUCUGGGUACAGUAAAGUGUUAAUAUUAUAUAUACAUAGCAAAUAUAUAUAUAUGUGUAUGUGUGAAUAUGAUAUUUGUAUACAUACAUACAUAUAUAUAUGUUGUUGAGCAUUCUGGGUAUUUAUUACACAUAUAUGAUGCUCCUGGGAAUAUCAGGGGUCUAUAAUGAUCAUUGAAGUUUUUCCAACUUUCUUUUUUUGCUUUGUAAAUUGCUAAAGCAACCUUUUCCUUUAUUUUAAUACAUUCUUCAUCAGUGUAUAUUGAUCAUUUACUCGUACCAUCAACUGAUUUUUUUUUUUUUUUUUUUUUUGACACAAAUCAUGGUAUUUAUCUUUUAUCAUUAGGAUUCCCGUAGAAUGACUCCCUCUCUUGGGCCUCAUUGAUAAUAUAAGAUUGUAACUGCCCCGCCCAGAGCCUCAUAUUACAACACACUGCCCCAGCAAUCGGUUGUGACUGGGAACACCAGCCUGCCUUGGGCCCCUGUAUGUUGAAACCAUAUUUUUUAAAUUCCCCACAUGGAGCAUCAGAGGAUAGAAAACAUAUGCCAUAGAGAUACAUUAUUAUUAGUGGGGGUGUUGGGGUUAAUAUAUCGUAGUCAUUGGGGGGGAACAACAAUCAAAAUUUGGGAAUAUCAUGAUAGCAUUGAUCACUACAUCACAAUUUUUUGAAGAAGUCAUUUUAUAUUGAAAAUAUAUAUAUGUGUACAUGAUGUGAAAUGGAAAAGAAGCAACACUUUUAAUUUGUUUUUUGUUUUUUUUUAACGUGGUCUCAUUGUUUACAAUUUGCACAACACAAACACAUUGGACACGCCCACAUUCUUCUGUUCACAUGCCAUAUGUACAGACAUCCCAUAAUAUGUACAAACAUCCCAUAAUAUGUACAGUCUCUCCUUGUCUACCUGUGUAUGUGACUAUGAAUGUGUUAGUUUUCAUGGUGUCCACUUUUAGUUGGGUAUAUCCAUGAUCCUUGUAUGUUGCGAUAUUGUAUAUGAUUCUUCUGUAGUCAACAAACAUGAGGGCUAUGAUUACAAUUAAACAUCUGUGAGACCAUUGGAAAUUGAA